AUGAAAUCACUUUCACGUAAUUUCUACGUCUCAUGCGCAAAUACAUGGAAUUUGACGCCGACGGUUUUGCAACUGGGCAAACGAUAUAUCUCGGUUAAGAUUGAUGUGAACAUAGCUCACAAGCGGAAGAAAGCUCGGCCAAAAGGGCCGCUUCGGUUCGGGAAGCGCGGAGCUGGUGGCCUAACAUUGCCCCAGGAUUGGGCUGCGUAUUUGCUAAGAAGCUAUCCGCAAUCAAAUACCGGCCGCGGUUGGAAUUACGUCGAUUAA